UUGUGUAUAAAUAUUAAUUUCUUUAAAUAAUUAAAAUUAGAUUGAAGAGUUUUAAAAUAAUGAAUAACUUUCACCCCAACAAUAGAUUGCUCCUUAUAAUAUUUUGGAUUCAGAUGGACUAGAAAAUGAAGAAGAAGAAAAUCACAACAUGCCCUCAAAUACAUAAAAUUAAAGUAUUAAUUAAUCUAUUAAUUAUAACCACAAAACAAUCAAUUAAUAGCAGGCUUAAAUAGACUCAGAAGAAGACGAACUUGAUGCAUUUUAUAAAGAAAUAGAUAAAUAGCUUGGAAUUGAUUCUUCUUAAUUUGAAAAUUAAGAAAACAAUGAAUAUAAGUAGCAAAAUUAUAUAACUUCAGAAGAAUUAUUUGGUAAAGCGUUCAUCAAUAUAUACAAUCAAGACAGUUAAAAUCAAUCUUAUGAUGAAUAAUAUGAAAACGGUGAAAAAAACAAAAAUAUAUAAAAUGAAGAAAAUAUUACAAAUGAAUAAUAAGAUGAAAUAAAAGACGAAGAACAUGACGAACAUUUAAGAUAAUUUUUAGAAGCCAUAAAGAAAAAAAAAGAGGACGAAUUAAUAGAUAAUAGAGGUGCUUUGAUGUCUGACGAAGAAGUUGCCUAAGAAGAAAAUUAAGAAAUAGAAAAUUACGAAAACUAAGGAGAAUAAAAAGAAGAUUAUCUCGAAAGAAUCAAAAGAGAGGCUUAGAAAAAAAACCUUAAAUAAGUAGAAUAUAAAUCUGAAGAUUUAGUGCCUUUUAGGAAAGAUUUUUAUAUAGAAUCCAAAGAAAUUCGCUAAAUAACGGAAUAAGAGGUCAAAUAAUAUCGCGAAAAUCUCGGAGAUAUACAAGUGAAAGGGGUUGAAGUUCCAAAACCUAUUAAAAUGUGGACUUAAUGUGGAUUAUCAGAUAGAGUAUUGCAUACUUUAAUCGAAAGGAAGAAAUACGAGAAGCCUUUUCCCAUUUAAUGUUAAGCUUUGCCUGUUAUAAUGAGCGGGAGGGAUACUAUAGGUAUAGCAGAGACUGGUUCUGGUAAAACAUUAGCUUAUUUAUUACCUAUGAUGCGUCAUAUAGCCGAUUAGAGACCUAUAGAGGAAGGAGAUGGUCCUAUAGGACUCAUAUUAGUACCAACAAGAGAAUUAGCUAUGCAAAUUUAUUUAGAAGCUAAGCCUUUUACUAAAGCACAUGGAUUUAAUAUAGUAGCUAUAUAUGGAGGAACAGGUAUAAAAGGAUAACUUUCAGAAUUAAAAAGAGGAUGUGAAAUAGUCGUGGCUAACUCCGGGUAGAUUAAUAGAUGUUUUAACCACAUCAAAUGGAAAAAUUACUAAUUUAAAAAGAGAUACUAUGGUAAUUAUUGA